GCGCGUGAACACAGAAUAAUAAUGAAUGUAUCGGCUGAGUCGGUGCUGCUUCGGUUUCAGCUUGAGCUCGAGCGCAGCCGGAUUAUCAUCACGAGGGGCAGAGAGAAGGAGUGUGUGUGUGUGUUUCUAGAGAAAGGAAGCAAGCAAGCAAGAAAGAAAGAAAGAAAGAGAGAGACAGAGAGAGAAAGAGAGAAAGCAAGCGCGCGCGCGCCCCCGUUCAUUCCACUCAAAUAAUGUAGACGAAAGCAGCAGAGACGCCGAGUGAUACUGUGUUUAUAGCGGAAAGUAUGUUCACAGUGUCGGUGCUGCAGCUGGGAAAAGUUCAACUCAGACCCCUACAGAAGACUUCACGGAGAAAAUGUCGGAGCGAGCAACCGAGGGGGUGAUUCAGCCAGGCGGGAUGCAGUGUGGUGGUUCAGACUUGUGUCUGGAGCUUGAGGCUGAUGCGACUGUUCGAGAUGGAACACGUCCUCGGCUGGGUCUGGACAACCUGCAACAGAAGAUGUUGAAGGUGACUGAACAGCUGCGUAUCGAGCAGGCCUUGAGGGACGAGAAUGUGGCAGAGUACCUGAAGCUUAUUGAUACCGCUGACAAGCAGCAAAGCAGUCGCAUCAAGCAUGUGUUUGAGAAGAAGAACCAGAAGUCCGCACAGACCAUCGCACAGCUGCAACGCAAGCUCGAGCAAUACCACCGGAAGAUCAAGGAAUGCGAUACUGCCGCCUCGGCCAACGGCACCAAACAGGCACAGAUGCCUAGUAAAGAUGUUAAAGAAGCUAAAGAAGCAUCCAGGGACAGCCUGAAAGACUGCGUCAAGGAAGCAGGGGCCAGAAGUGCAUGUACCCGAAACCAACAUUUGGACAAGGUGAAGACAGUGGGCCCAGGUGUCUCACUCUCGCCACCGUUCUUCUUCAACAAGUCACGAGGCAUCGCCAGCCUCAUCCGCAACAAAUUUGGCAGCGCUGACAACAUCGCACACCUGAAGAGUACAAUGGAGACAGGAGGCGGGCUGAGAGCCGAGGGGGCGGGACGAGCACUGAGUGGCAGCGCCACGCUAACGAGCAAGCCAAAGUAUCCGAGCGACGAUGAGUGUUCAACAGGCACAUCAGCAUCAGCAGAGAGCAGUGGGCACGGCGGACAGGCUGAGGACGGACAGGUGGAGAGUGUAGGCAGACUUAGUGAUGCUCUGGAGGAGGUGAGGGAGCUUCGAGAGGCACAGGGUCACCUCACUGAGGACAUCGAAAGUCUGAGGAACCAAGCCAAACGUAAUUAUGGCUUCAUCUCACAGAUGUUGCAGGAAGAGCGCUACAGGUGUGAACGACUAGAGGAUCAGUUGAACGACCUGACCGAGCUGCAUCAAAACGAGACCACCAACCUGAAACAGGAACUAGCCAGCAUCGAGGAGAAAGUAGCCUACCAGGCCUACGAGCGAGCCCGUGACAUGCAGGAGGCACUGGAGGCGUGUCAGACACGGCUCAGUAAGUUGGAGUUACAGCAGCAGCAGCAGCAGUUGGUGCAGCUGGAGAGCACCGACGCCAAACUGUUACUUGGGAAGUGCAUCAACAUUAUGCUGGCCAUCGCCACGGUGAUCCUGGUGUGCGUCUCUACGGCGGCCAAGUUCACGGCACCACUCCUGCGCAGCCGCCUGCAUGUGCUCGCCACUUUGGCAUGCAUGUGUUUGCUUGCACUAGGCUGGAGCCACUGGGAACAUGUUCAGUGCGUGGUGGAGCAAAUUCUUCUGACCAGAUGAACGAGGCAGCCCUGCGCUCAUGUGUGUGUGUGUGUGUGUGUGUACGCGUGUGUGUGUGCGUGUGAGUGUAUGUUUCAGAUUAUGAUUCGGGACACUGGUACACGGGUCCAGACUAUUAAGAUUUAACUUUAGAUCUUUACACACACUUUAGAUGUGUGUGUGUGUGUGUGUGUGUGUGUGUGUUUAUCUGCUCCAGGACUCUGUAGGAUGUGUUUCCAUCUCAGUAACUGUACUGUAUUAUUUGUUCUGGUUCUUGCAUCAUGCAAAUGUGGAAGAAUUCUCAGAAGUGCAAGGAAACUUGAGUCCAUAAUUGUUUUAUAAUGAGGUUAAUAUCCUCCUUGUGACCACAGUAUGCAGUCCAAAGUAGAAAUAAUUGGUUUUGUUCCAAUGUUUACUUUUACUUUGCCAGAAUUUCUUUACUGUUCAGUGUGAAGUGGGUAGAGCUAACCUUCAAUGAGGGUUAGAUACGCUUUAAUCUCACCAAUGACAAGCAGUCUAGUGAGCGAAAGCAAACGUAGCAUGCGGAAAACUACUGUGUUAAUCGUGUAAAUGAGUAGCGGAAUACAGAAUAGGGCCAUACUCACACCAUGCACCUACUCCCUGGGAAUGGAAUAGUCUGGAGUUCUAAAUGGAUACGGUUUAUGGUGAUGUGAGGGAUGUUUAUUUAUCUGUAUUUAAUUAAAUCACUCCUAGUGCUCGAAUCCUUAAAACUCUGUCAAUGAUCAUGUUUUGAUUCACUGUCCUGUGUACUUACAGUCCUGGUGUAAAUAUGUUCACCUGCACCUUGUGUGGUGGAAGUCUUUAUGGACCACUUUUCCUUUAGAGCAGGAAUAAACCAAAGCUCAGCAUUCACCAGCUCUCAUAAAUGCAGUGUGAUGCUCAACUUCAACUGUGCAAAUACACUGUGUGGGUGUGUGUGUGUGUGUGUGUGUGUGUGUGUUUAAGCCUGGUAUUAAGCUGUGUAAUGCUGAGCUGUGUAAUAGAAUGAAAUGUAGGUCUUUUUAAAUGAAGGUUUUAAGGACUAUUUUUAUACCUCUUGUUAUCCAGAAUCUGUUUUGAUGAGUCUGUGAAUACACUGAUUAACUGUC